AUGCGCACCACUUGGCGCGAGGGAAUUCCGGCAAGGGUUCUGCAACAGUGGUUGAGCCGGGGCAAGGACUUCGUCCACUACCAGCUCUUGGACGAGACGGCGGAGGAUCAUCGACCUCGCGGUGUUUGGCUCGAUCCUGAACCUCGAGGACGUUCUCGCAGCCGCGACCAGCAACCUCCUGCUCUACGUCCUCCUGCUGGCCGAGCUCGACGUGGUCCUCGACCUGAUCUACCCCAGCUGGCCUUCGUGGUGCGGCUUGGUUUUGGGAUCGAUUGGAUUCCUGGACCUGAACUUGAAUCUUUCUUUUUCCUUGACGGUGUCUACAGCGUCUUUUGGGACUUUUUGCUGGACACCUACCUGGUGAUUGCGGAGCUCUACAAACUCCUUCUGAACAUCUUCUACUGGCAAGAGUCCAUUGCCAACUUCUUGGUUCGUGAGAGCCUUUACUACGAGGAGUUCGUCGAGUCCCUGUUGGCUUUGAAAGAUGAACAACAAGGUGGAACGAUGAAGGAUGUCUUUGACUUCAGCGAGUCUUCUUCGUCUUCUGAUGAGGACGGCAAAGAUGAUGACGAUGAUGACAAGAAGAGUCGCAAAAGCAAAGCAUCCGAGGGUAAGACUUCUGAUGCCAAGGGGAGCUACAAGCGUGUUCCUACGGAGGAGCCUUCACAACAUCGUGGACCCCGAGGAGGUGAUUCAGUACCUGGCGACAGUCCUCAUGGAAGUCGACCUUUUUCUCGUCGAGCACCUCCAUCUUUGGCUGGUUUGGGUUCCUUCGACAGCUUCAUACUGAAGCAGCUUCGUGGUUGGAGAUUGCUCUCUGGAGCCUGUCUUAGCGCAGAAGAGUGGCGUGCUGUUUUGGCAUCCACAAACAACAAGUUGGACUACGAAAGUGUGAGCGUGGCUUUGACCAUCCUCUAUGACGACCAGAUCCAAUUUCAACGUGGUGGCCAUCAUCAUCAAGCUCUUCAACGUGGCCCCCAACUUUUCUCUCUGGCUGAAGAUGAGGAUUGGUAUGGCGAAUCUUCUUGGUGGGAUGAUUGGGAUAGCUGGGCAACCUAUGCAGGCUGGCAUGAUGAUGAUGAGGAAUGGCCUGCUGACGAUGACUCGCUCUAUGCUUUUCAGAAGGGCAAGGGCAAGUCGAAGGGCAAGUACGGCAAGAACAUGCACCUCCUGGAUGAGCUCUUCUACAUGAGGGGCAAGGGUUUUGGAAACAACAUGAAAGGCAAGGGCAAGAGUAAGACCAAGAACACUGGCGUUGUCAAUGCCUACUACGCUGACUAUGAGGAGCCCUAUGGGUACCACGUCUUGGACUUCAAGGAGGAGGUUUUAGAUCUUCAAGCAGCAGCCACAGAAACUCCACCAAGGGCUGCUGAGAUCUCUUUGGCCUCCCUUGACAACAAGUCAAGCGCUGGGCCUUGUGGAAUGUUGGACAGCGGAGCCACAUGCUCUGCCGGACCAGAAUCUUCGAUCAAGAAUUUGGUCAGCGCUUUGCUGAAGCAGGACAAGUCAGCGAAGAUCCACAUCGACGGAAAAAGGUGCCCUCGUUUCAGAUAUGGAAGCGGCAAGUGGGGAAAAGCUCUUUUUCGUAUUUCAAUGGAAUUCAGUUUGUCAUCACACACCUUUCAUGCAUAUGCACUACCUGAUCCGGAAGAAAGCAAGGAGGAGAAGGAGCUCUACCUGGACUUCGAAAGGACUGUGACCACAGAUCUUCGAGAUCCAAGAGCCAAGAGUCAUCAAUGGCCCUGCAUGGGGAAUCACAACAAGGCGAAACCCCAGUCCAACAAAUGGGGUCAGUGGACAAACUGCACCGUGUGCGGUUUGCGCAUGGAGUACAUCCCCAAGAAAGGAGCACCAGCAUCCGACACUCAUCAACCGAACCCUGCGAUGGUGCUGAGGGCCUUGAAGGAACUACAGCAACUUCUACCAGGCGGAGCUCUUCCCGAAGAAGCCCUGGUAAGAGUGGUGAUCGACAAGGUGGUGGCAGAAGAGAGGAUGACGACGCUGUUGGAGGAGUAUCAGCGUCAGCUGGAGACUGCAAAGAAGAAGGUGAUCAAGGGUCAACAGGCAAUGAUGACGGCGGGUCGUGGCCAGCCAAGCUCCGGAGCUCCAAGCGGAUAUCACCCGGAGAUGCCGACUUCUCCACCGAGAUCAACAACAAGCUGGGAGCAGGUGACACCUCAACAGUCACCUCCACGACGCACUGCCGACGAGAUCAUGGAGCUGCUGACCCCAGAGGAGCGCAAUCAGCUGAUGCAACGAGUCCAACACAGGGCUGCACAGGACACCGCAGUGCAUGUGUCCGAAGCCGAGAUGGCGAUGGUGAACACCAUGCACUACAUCCAUGACGAGUUCAACGACGUCCUUGCGGAGACGGUCUAUGGCGACAAACCUGUGGUCUGGGAGGAUGAGUCAUGGAACCAGCUCUACAAGCUCUAUCGCAAGAAGCCACCUUCAAAGGCAUGGUUCAGCCCGAGAUGCACUUUCUACUGCGACUGGGUUGACUUGAACUACAAACAUCGACCAGAGGUCUUGGCAAAAUACCAGCGCAGAGAGCGCAAAAUGCUUCGUCAGAUGACGGACUUCAUGCUCUUUCUUGCGUCCAAGGGUGUCGAGAUCUACUGGGAAUGGCCUUUGAGAUGUCGUGGCUGGCGAGAGGCUGUGGUGCAGUCCUUCAUGCAGAAGUUCCAAGCACUCUAUGGCGAACUUUGGGAAUGUCGCAUCGAUGGAUGCCGGUUUGGUCUCAAAUCGGCGCAUGGCAACUUCAUCAAAAAGUCUUGGAAGGUGGUCACUUCGAGUCAAGAGUUUUACAACCGCUUCAGAUUGAAGUGCUGUCUGAACAAUCAUCAGCACGAAUGGAUAGCUGGUGUGGAAACCAAUCGAAGUGCCUACUAUCCAGUUCAAAUGUGCCAGAGCAUUGCAAGGUGCUGGCGCUCUCUCUUGAUGCCUGCUCGAUGGACAAGGAUGCUGUGGACAGCCCCCGUGGAAGGAGUGGACCCUUUUUGUGAGGCUCUCUACAUCCAGAACGAGAUCUACGCGGAGUCCGAGGGCUGGCUACAUCCUGCAGAAGUUCUACCUCCUUGUGGAGACCUACCUUCUGAGGCUGAGGAGCGAGAAAGAGACCAACCUGAUGCUGCUCUACCUGGACAAGCUGAGGAGAUCAAAACAACUGAGGAUGAGGAUUACAAAGAUGUGACGCCUCAAAUGUUGACCAGGUGGAAAGCGCAGCUCUCAAAGUUCCACCGGGCGGCUGGUCACCCGACGUCAAGAAAUUUGGCGCGGAUGUUGACUGAUGCCCAAGUAGAAAAAUGGAAGGUGAAGGAAGCCCUGAAGUACCGAUGUGCCAUUUGUGAGGAGCAGAAACCUGGUGGGAAGUCUUCGAAGCAAGUUCCCCCUAUUUCCUUGCGUCCACUGCCACAGGCUUGGGAACACCUUGGAAUCGACAUUGGCGAGUGGGAGGUUCCGACACAGAACCUCAAGGUUAAAUUCAUCCUCCUGAUGGACAUGGCAACACACUAUCGUGUGACGGAAGUUUUGGCCUCCUACGCCUUUGGAGAGACCUAUGUGGAAACCUCCAAUGACGUUAUCAAGUGCCUCAUCAGCCGCUGGCUUAUGGAUAAGCCACGACCGAAGAUUUUGAUCCCUGACAAUGCCAACCCCUUGAUUUCUCAACAAGUCAUCGAACUGAUGGCUGAUCUUGGCAUUGCUGUGAUGCCUCCACCUGACAACGAAAGUUGGGCACAUGGAGUGGUCGAACGAAACAUUGGCCACUUGAAAGAAGCUGCCUCAAGGAUUCACAAAUCAACUCCCGACAUGGAGCCUGGACAUGCCAUUGCUUUGGCGACUGCUGCCUUGAACUCAACAGAGUUUGUUCAAGGAUACAGUAGCAUCCAAUGGGCCUUUGGUCAUCAAGCCACACUUGGUGACGAUGAGUUGAGGCAACAACUUUCUCUUCCAGUGGAGCGUCAGCAAGAUCAAUUUCUACGACUUCUGACUCAACGACAAGUGGCUGAAGAACAUGCACGUAGAGCCAAGGGUGCCAAGGCAUCCCUGAUGAUGUCCAAGCUGCGGAACACCUCGAUCCGACAGCCUGUUCGUGAGGAGCCUAUGGAUGGUGAGAUUGAAGGACCCUUCCUGCCGGACAAGCCCAACACUGAGACCGUGAUUGGUCCCAAGGUGCGCUUCAACUCCAAGUAUCGAAUGGACGAUGUUGGUCGACCUCUAUAUGCUGAUGGAACACCUGUGUCUUUUCGACCACUUCCUGCAGAUCCACAACAAGAGAUUGGCGAUGACAAGGUCAAUGACUACGAGUCCGAGGGCUAUUCACCCGACUACGAGCAGGACGUUCCUCCAGUUCCUGCUGAAGAUGCGAUCUUUGAUGAUGAUCCACCUGAAGCACCUCUGAGGAGAUUUUCAACGUCUUCAAGAACACCUCUUACUACAGCGAUUGAUGACACAGAGAAUGCGGAGAAUGCCGAGCCGGAGUUGGAUGACACAGCCCCUGUUGAACCUGAUCUCAAGAAGUUCAAGGCUGAUGAGGAUGAGGACCCAGGAACGAAGGAGAUGGAGCAAGAGGAGCUCUACACAAGUGGCGUUCCUGAACUGAAGAAGGUUCCCAUUCUCUCCAGAGAAGACUGCACGAAAUCAACGAUGUUUGACCAGCCCAUUGGGGCAGAUUUCACUCUGGGUCGUGAUGGUGUCUUGUCGCCGUCCUUGAAGCAUGUGCCAGAGGCCUUCUUGGAGAUCACAAAGUAUCCCCGCCAGGCAGGGCCCGGGGCAAAGAUGUGGAAGCAGUGCUUUAUGUCCUCGCCAUAA